CGAAGUUAGACGGAUGGAAAGGCAAGAAAGCAACACUGAGACGAGGGUGUCACAAUUGGGCCGUGCACAUUGGCGACAAGAAGGGAAAACCUCCCGUCAUGAACGUUUCUUAUCUAGGAAAGAAGAACACCAACAACCACGUUCAAGUAAAGAAGGAGAGUAAACCUACGAUAAAGAUAAAGAAGACGACUGGCUCGAGCCUCGGCAAUCAUCCGUACUUUAUUUUAACUAUGAGGCCUUCUUAUAGAGAGUGUGGUUUGUAUCUUCCUGUUGAAUUUUCGAAAUCAAAUGGUUUAAAAGUAGGAGAAAUGAUCCUUAUAGGUGAUAAAGGUGGAUCAUGGAAAAUUCGGCUUAAGAAAAAAGGUGAAAAAUAUUUAAGUUUUGGUCGUGGUUUUAGAGAUUUCUGGGAUGCGAAUGGAUUAGAGGUUGGUGAUGACUACAAGUUUGUGCUCGUCGAGAAGGAGAAGGGCAAGCCUCCCAUCAUGAAUGUUUCUUGUACGUAUGAUCUUUGAUAUUUCAUUAGUUUUUUUA